GCCGGCAAGUUCCCCACGCUCAUCACGUCGGGUGAGGACAUCAACGACAAGGCCAACGCCGUCCGCGCCACGAUCAAGUUCCAGAUGAAGAAGGUGCUCUGCCUCAACCUCGCCGUCGCCCACGUCGGCCAGACCAAGGAAGAGAUCAUUGUCAACACCCAGUUGGCCGCCAACUUCCUCGCCUCGCUCCUCAAGAAGAACUGGCAGAACAUCAAGGUCCUCUACCUCAAGUCGACCAUGGGCCCCGCCAUGCAGAUCUACUACUAA